GCCCAGCGCAUCGCACUUGCCCUCAGCGCACCGUCGUUCAAAUCCGCCAAUCCGUUUCUUGUUCCCUCCCGCCACUCGCCAGCCAUGGGUCUCUCCGUCUCCCGCCUUCUCUCCGGCCUCUUUGGCAAGAAGGAAAUGCGUAUAUUGAUGGUUGGUCUCGACGCAGCUGGUAAAACCACCAUCCUGUACAAGCUCAAGCUUGGUGAAAUCGUCACGACCAUCCCCACAAUCGGCUUCAACGUUGAGACGGUCGAGUACAAGAACAUCUCGUUCACCGUGUGGGAUGUCGGAGGCCAGGACAAGAUUCGUCCGCUCUGGAGGCACUACUUCCAGAACACGCAGGGCAUUAUCUUCGUUGUUGACUCCAACGAUCGCGAGCGUGUCUCCGAGGCCCGGGAAGAGCUGCAAAGAAUGCUUAACGAGGACGAGCUGCGCGACGCCCUCCUUCUCGUGUUCGCGAACAAGCAGGAUCUGCCCAAUGCGAUGAACGCGGCGGAGAUCACUGACAAGCUGGGUCUGCACGGGCUGCGCCAGCGGACGUGGUACAUCCAGGCUGCCUGCGCCACGUCUGGUGACGGUCUUUACGAGGGUCUGGAGUGGCUAAGCACCAACAUGAAGCGCCGGGGGGUAUAGACACUGGUCGGAUUCCGCUGUUGCACGUGUCAUGAUUCUCCACGAUACAUACGAAAACCGUCCCAGCUUCCACCUGUCCACCUCGUACACUCGCCUUAUCAUAACGGUCUUAUAACUGCCCUCCUUCCUCUUUCGGAGUUCUAUAUUUUUUCACGAUUUCUGUUACGCAUUGUGUUUGCCUAGCGCUCCGCACUUCCUUUGUACAUGCGAAGGCAUGGGUCGACCAAUGCCAGUGCUUUUUGCCUU